AUUCAAAAGAGAGAAAUUGUCCCUGGUAAGAAAACUACAAUAAUGAAUGAAAUGCCUUUGGCAACGUCAUGUUCGGGAGUAUGACAACAGGUCAGUCAGUGACUCUGCAUUGCCUGUUUAACUGCAAUGGGCGUCUCUGGCCGGCGGCGGCAGUAUUGAGUAUAUAUGUGUUUCAGUCCCAUUUCCCUCCAUGGUUUCUCCUCUCCCUGAGUAACUUGGCGUUUGGCUCACUUCAUUAUACAGUCCCAUAUUCUCCCUCCAUUAAGGCAUCUCUCUGCGUUUUGGACUGAAUCAAAAAUCCUUAAAAACCCAAGAGGAAAAAAAACUUUUAAAGGGGAAGAUGGACAUGAAAAAGAGGAUCCACUUAGAGCUGAGGAACAGGACCCCAUCUGAUGUACGAGAACUGGUCCUAGACAACUGCAGGUCCAAUGAAGGCAAGAUUGAGGGCCUCACCGCAGAAUUUGUGAACCUCGAAUUCCUCAGCCUAAUAAACGUUGGCUUAAUCUCCGUGUCCAACCUCCCCAAGCUCGGCAAAUUAAAAAAGCUGGAGCUCAGUGACAACAGAAUUUCUGGUGGCCUUGAUGUUUUAGCAGAGAAACUCCCAAACCUCACACACCUAAACCUAAGCGGGAACAAACUGAAAGACAUAAGCACGUUGGAGCCUUUGAAAAAGCUGGACAACCUGAAGAGCCUGGACCUGUUCAACUGUGAAGUGACAAACCUGAACGACUACCGGGAGAGCGUCUUCAAACUGCUGCCGCAGCUGACCUACCUGGACGGCUACGACCUCGAAGACCGGGAGGCGUCCGACUCGGAUGGCGAGGUGGACGGAGACGGCGUAGACGAGGAGGACGACGAAGGUGAGCCAGAGGGUGAGGAGGAAGAGGAUGAGGAGGAAGAUGGGGAGGAGGAGGAUUUUGAUGAAGAGGAAGACGAGGACGAUGAGGAUGAAGAAGAGGAAGGAGAAGGCGAGGAUGAUGAAGAGGAGGUCAGUGCAGAGGAGGAGGAGGAAGACUUUGGACAGGAUGGAGAGGUAGAUGAUGAAGAAGAUGAGGAUGAGGAAGAGGACGAUGAAGAUGAAGAGCAAGCCGGCAAAGGUGAAAAGAGAAAGCGAGAGGCAGAUGACGAAGACGACGAAGAUGACGAUUAAGAGCAGAUGCCCAGUUGGUCCCCUCCCUCCCCACAACUUACUUUUAUUCUUCCUUCUUUUCAUCCAUCCCUCAAAUGAACUGUAUUGUAUCAGAUGAACUGACCCUGUGGAAGUGCAGCUACGGAACUUAUUGGAGAAUCUUCUUAAGAGCAACGUUCCAUCCAGCAUUCCACAAUUUCUACUGUCAAUCCCUAGCGUGAUCCUGUUUGAGGACUGUUGGUAACAAUGUUUAGUUGGGGUCAGCGUUUUUAAUAUUUCGUUGGGGGCUCCUAGUUUUUGUUUUUGGUUUUUGGUUUGUUUUCUUUAUUGGUUUUUGUUUUUCUCGGUAAGAUUAUUGCUAUAGCAACAAGGAGAACGAAAGGCUGUGAUUGGCAAGCCAUGGUUUUCGAAUGGCUGCCUGUUGCACAAAUCAAGGUUGUAGCAACAUUUUUACUUUCUGUAAGUCAAAAAAAAAAAAGCUUUGUAAAUAAAAUCUUAACAUUUUGUUCUUUG